UGACACCCACAUUAUAUACCCACGGUGAAUACCCACGGUGGAAUUACCCUCUGUUAUCUUCCCUUCUCUCCACUAGAUCCAUACUCACUUUUCAUUUCCAUUUAGUUGAAGCAUCAUGGUGAACACACUAAGCCAGAAGAAAAAAGGAAAAGCAAAGAGGGGACGCAAGGCAGCCGCCGACAGUAAUCAGCCAUCCAGAAAGCCUUCAGUUCACCUGACAGCUGAGGAAUACGAAGCCUAUCAGAGCCAUUGUAACCGUAUGCUGAUUACUCGGACUGGAUAUUCGCCCGAUCCACAUACCGUCAUAGUCGAAUAUCAUAAGAUUAAGAACAUGGUCAAAAUAUGGACUGAGCGAUGGAUUCGUGAGGAGAUGCCACCCCUUUCCGAGGGACAGAAACAGAAGAUUAUUCAAGGUCUAGAUACAUACUGUAUUCAAGAACCUUGGGAUACCAUUCAAGCAUUACUCUCUCCCGAAUCCCGUGAUCAAUUUCACCUAUACUUGUGUGAAGCCAUGGUCAAUAAAUUGCUCUUCACCCGGGUUCUCAACAGGCCAUUCUGGUUCCUGGAUGGGAAACUGGAUGAGAAUGAUGAGAUUGGGGAUCUGUCGUUCGCUGAUCGACUCCACUAUCUGUUUCAAAGAUACCACGAAGCAAGCCCUGUGAAUGCGGUCUGGUGGAGGAUGGUCACCCUUGCCCUGGCCAACCUGAAGAAAGACUUAUCGCCCCGGGACCCUCGUGACAACCCUCCUUACAUUUUCGGAGAUGAGAAUCGCAAGCGACAGGCGGGUAUAGCAGAGAGGCUGGCGGACCAUCUUCUAGCAGACAGCCUGUUUCAGCUACUUCUCGACAAGUUGGCCAGUGCGGAAGAAGAGACGAGGCGUUGUCAUCUGAUCAAGGUUUUCCGGGAGAGUGUGCAGUAUUUCACAGCGCAUGAGGUGACAUUGGGAGGGCACGUGAAGUUUCAUCAGCUGCCCGAGGUGAAGCAGUUUGACCCAUCUACAGGAAUUAUGUUCUCGGGUCUAGUCCAUGACAGGGAGCGGAAUAAUACUCCGCCGUUGAUCCCCAAGCCACAUAGCCGGGUGAUUCUCGUCCUACGACCUGGGGUGUGCCGCUACGAUCUUCCUAACAAAUUCGUGCCGUUUGAUCGUCACAGAAGUUGGGCCGAAAUGCCGACCGAUAUUGAGUCUGAACUGCUUUACAAAGCUGAGGUUAUGGUGGAAGCAGUCGAGGCCAGCAGCCCAUCUGACGCGAGUCAGCGCGACCCUGGGGAUGCAGAUGUCUUCCAUCACUGGACCUAAGUCCUCCCGGGAUGCUGUUUGGUUUAUCAAUUCACUCGGACGGGUUUUGCUUUCGAAAAUCGUACUUCUAUAUCAUUCCUCGUUCUUCCGGAUCGAGAGCUUCAUGCAUGCGAGAAUAUUUCUAUCGCCCAACCCCUUUCCGUAAAACGUGGCGGUAAAACUUUCCUGUAGCCUCCUGGCAACAUCAAAGCUGGUUCAUGGGUUUUUCGCUUGCGCCUUGAGCG